GUAGAACAAGCGGAAAACAAAGAGAAAAUUAUGUACAUGACAAUCAUAUUCCUCUUCCUUAGCUCCAUUCUUAUUUCUCUCCUAUUACUCCUUAGAAAGCAUUUAUCACACUUCUCAUAUCCAAACCUUCCUCCGGGAAAGACCGGUUUUCCAUUAAUCGGAGAGAGUUUAUCCUUCCUCUCUGCUGGCCGUCAAGGCCAUCCAGAGAAGUUCAUAACCGACCGAGUUCGUCGUUUCUCUUCCUCAUCAUCCUCAUGUGUCUUCAAGACCCACCUCUUUGGGUCUCCCACCGCGGUGGUGACUGGUGCCUCUGGGAACAAGUUUCUAUUCACUAACGAGAACAAGCUUGUGGUCUCGUGGUGGCCAGAUUCCGUUAAUAAGAUCUUCCCUUCUUCAAUGCAGACGAGCUCUAAGGAAGAGGCCAAGAAGCUGAGAAUGCUUCUUUCGCAGUUCAUGAAGCCUGAGGCUUUAAAGAGGUAUGUUGGUGUUAUGGAUGAGAUUGCUCAAAGACAUUUUGAGACCGAAUGGACCAAUCAAGAUCAACUUAUUGUCUUCCCUCUCACCAAAAAGUUUACGUUUUCAAUAGCAUGCCGUUCAUUUCUGAGCAUGGACGAACCCGGAAGAGUAAGGAAACUAGAAGAGCAAUUCAAUACGGUAGCGGUAGGAGUUUUCUCAAUCCCAAUAGACUUGCCAGGAACACGGUUUAACCGGGCUAUCAAGGCGUCGAGGUUACUCAGAAAAGAGGUUUCCGCGAUUGUAAGGCAGAGGAAAGAAGAGCUGAAAUCCGGGAAAGCAUUAGAGGAACAUGACAUAUUAUCUCAUAUGUUGAUGAAUAUAGGAGAUACCAAAGACGAGGAUUUGGCUGAUAAGAUUAUUGGAUUGUUAAUCGGAGGACAUGACACAGCCAGUAUUGUAUGCACUUUUGUUGUCAAUUAUCUUGCUGAAUUCCCUCAUGUCUACCAACGUGUGCUACAAGAGCAAAAGGAGAUACUAAAUGAAAAGAAAGAAAAAGAAGGAUUAAGGUGGGAGGACAUUGAGAAAAUGAGAUAUUCAUGGAAUGUUGCAUGUGAAGUGAUGAGAAUUGUUCCUCCUCUUCCGGGCACUUUUCGUGAGGCCAUCGAUCACUUCUCUUUUAAGGGUUUUUACAUCCCCAAAGGAUGGAAGUUAUAUUGGAGUGCCACCGCGACACAUAUGAAUCCAGAAUACUUCCCAGAACCAGCGAGAUUUGAGCCAAAACGAUUUGAAGGAAGUGGUCCGAAGGCUUAUACAUAUGUUCCAUUUGGAGGAGGACCAAGGAUGUGUCCAGGGAGAGAGUAUGCUCGUCUAGAAAUUCUUAUAUUUAUGCACAAUCUUGUUCAGAGAUUUAAGUGGGAAAAAGUAUUUCCAAAAGAAAAUAAAAUAGUGGUUGAUCCCUUACCAAUACCAGGCAAAGGUCUCCCUAUAAGAAUUUUUCCUCAAUCUUGAGUCAAAGUUUGAAACUUGAUGGAUCACUGGUUGUUGCUAAGUUAGUCCACUAGCCUAUAUAAGAAUUAAGAGUGUAUUGGUCUCAAGUUGUUCUUGUAAUCGUUGACUCACGGAUAAAUAAUAAAAGAUUUCGCUCAUG